AUGGCUGCUUCAGUGUGUCUUCUAGCCCUUGUUGGAAUCUUCAUUUGUGUACCCCCGUCCCUUGGUGUCAACACGGACGUGUCCUUGUCAGAGGUGAAGAUCCAUUCCGUGGACGCGGGAAGACUCUACCAAGGAAAACGGAUCCAAGUUCUCGCCUCCUUCUCGGUUAACAACCUGGGCCCGAGCACCAUACCCAGGGGAACCCCCUCUAGCCCAAACUUUGUUCUCAAACUUGCUGGCUCUGCUUCAAGUCAGCUUGAAAACGUCAUCGAAGAGAACAGAGUAGAUGUGUCGGCGGAUUUUACAAGAGAUCCGAAAAUCCAGGGAGCCGUGCAAGCUGCGGUUGGUGUAGGGGAGUCAGUGGUGUUCCAAGAUGUCGUGUUCUCGUUUGAAAUCCCGCGAGAGUCAUGUGACACCGUGGCGUACCUGUGCCUGUCCGUGGAGCUGCCGGCUGGAACGCACACUGAUUCGUUGCCAGGCAACAAUGACGUAUGCAUACAGGUUGGAGGCAGUUCAUUGGUCGAGAAGGAAUGCAACGAUCGUUGGAUGACAAACAGUAUAGAUGUGAGCCUACCGCGCAUGCUCGUACCAAACGGGAUACUUCGCCUUGAUGACGUCAACAGCCUGCAGGUGUGGGGAGUGUUUGACCUGAAGGGUUCAGUGAACCUUGACCCUAGGAACGUCAGUUUCUAUGGUUACGUCACCACGGACAACGCCCCGGUGGUGGCAGACAGAGGAAACCCUUAUUUGGUCAAGUUCGCCUUUGAGACGCCAGCCGAGAUGCUGACAACGGGACUUCACGUCCUGGACCUGAUCUCGCGAGACUUGGCGCUGAACAUCAGCGAGACGGAAGUGACGUACUCUCUUUGCGGAAGGGACGACACUUACCUCCGCCUCACAGCUGACUAUAGUGGUUCUUCAGUAGGAAUGGUUGGCCAUGUGUUGGAGUUGGAUGAAUGGAACAAUGACGUCAUCAGGCCCGUACGCCUGCUUUGUCCAAAAGAACUGUUUGGUCUGAGGGAUGUGACAUUUGACCUUGGACCCAAACAAACCAAGAUUUACCCGGAUGUAGACACGACCUUGACCUUUGACCUCACCAUCGAGAACAACAGCCCACGUGACCUUCCCGCCACGUUUUCUGGCAACGAACACUUCCGGUUGGAGGUUGCCAUGGUAGCACUGAUGAAUGAUGGGAGACUUAUAGGUGGGGACGUAUCCGUGAUCAAAGACCUGAUUCUCCCUACCGAGGGGUAUGACGCAAUCCCAGCAGGCACUGCUCUCCAUCUGACAGGUGUGGAAGCUACCAUUGAUGGGGGUGUUCUUACCAGUGACUAUGUCUACACAUUGGGGUCCCGCCCUACCCACAUGCAGAUAGUGGUAUCGCCCACGGACGGUUCUGAAGAGAGUAUCUUCACCAGAGAGAACAACAUGGUGAAAGUGCCCAUAAGUUAUGGGGAUGUUGCAAAAGGAAACCAGAUAGACCUAGCAGGAGAGUCUGUCACCUUCAGCACAGAGCGGAUAGUGUGUGGUCAGGAGCCACUGGACAUCACGGCCGCAGUGUCCGUAACCGUGGGGAGUUACCUCAGCGCAGCGGUCAGAGCCACGGACUACACCGCUGCCCUCUACUGGUCACUAGACAGGGUGUGGGACCCGUUGGAUGAGCCAGUCCAGGGUAUCCGGUUUGAGGGGCGGGGAUCCUCAGCCUACCCCGGACAGACCCAGACCCACACCAUCCGCGCCCGCGGGGUCACCCUCCCCCGACCCACGCAGACAUCCUGGUACUGUGGUAACGUGUUUGCCAUCCUGCGAGUGGAUUCUGCGGAGCGUAUAACGGAACCCCUGGAGUAUAACAACUUCCUGGUGACCCGGGUCACACUGCUGUGCUCUGCUCAUAAUGAUCUGUAUGGCCUGACAAACUUCCGGCUGGAGACGGGCAACGCUAAGCUGUGGCCAGGAGCGGAGACUGCCGUUACGAUAUCAGCCACCAUCGCGUGCACACGAUCAUCCUGCGAGCUCCCGCUAUCCGACCAAUCACACACCAACUACGAGCUUGCUCUUGCAAUGGCUGAUGAUGGACAGGGCACAAACUCCGUCAACGUCAUGACCAUAAAUCGCGAGUUCGUUACCACGGGAACGGGCGCCGUUCACCCGAAUCUACAACACGGGUUCAACGAGUCGUCGUGGGUGGAUCUUACAGUCACCGGGCGGUUUACAGUGCCGACAGAUUGCGCGGGAAAGACAUUUGUCACCCUGACUGUUUUGCCUGGUACUGCAGCUGGACUCCUGGUGGAUGGAUACGCCAACAAUGACCGUAAUGCGGUUCAGCUGGGGAAUAUUCACUGCUCCCAAGACCAAAUCGAUGUUCGGAUCACCGAGUUCUCUAUCAGCACCAACGACAAACUCAUCAUCGACCAGCCAACUCCGUUCAUGCUCCGCGGAGAAAUCACCAUCAGCGGAGUAGCCUCCGUAACGCCCUCUGACCUCCCCGUCUUUGACUUCCGCUUCUACCUGUCCCACGAUGCCGAGCUGGACAUGACCUCCGACCCGGAAGUGGUUUAUGACUACACGCCUCAGCAGAUGGCAGUGAUGACACGACAGUACGGGACGGGUGCUCAUGCUUUUGCCCUGUCCGAUGUAUUGAGGAUAGACAACGGUACAUACGCAGAGUUCUACGGCGCUGGACCGACAUACCUCGGGGUUCGGCUGGAUGCCUUUGACCCUGACCCAACUGAUGACAUCAUCGGAGCCAUCGACGAAUCAUCAGAGACCAACAAUGACAUCAUCAUCCCUAUAUUCGUCCACCAUCCAAAAGAUUUUGCUCUCACGGCUUUCACCAUCGAACUCGACCCACGGUCGCCACUCGAGAAACUCUACGAGAACACGCCAACAACGGUCAUCAUCGACGUAUCACUCCAAAACCUCGGGCAAGAACUCCCACCUGACGACAUCACAUUCAAACUCCUGCUGAGCUCACAGAACUCACUAGAGGGCGCUUUUGACACAGAGGCUGAGAUGUACUACGGUAGUCAACUCGCCAAACUUCGCGGCGCCAUUCCUGCAUUUCCAUACACUCUCAACGUCAUCGGGAUACGUGCUACUUUUACAGUUCCAAUAGGGAUGUGCCCUACUCUGAGGUUUGUCUGCAUCACCCAUGCCAUCGGCGAGAUUGCGGUUUAUGGAGACACAAACGCAGAUAACGACUUUGCCUGUAUCGACAUCACUGCAGGGAAUGUGGAGAAGGACUGCACUAAAGGCCUGGCAUUGACUGAUGUGACCAUCGCACCCGGACAACUGUUCGCCAACCAGGACACUGACAUGACCUUUGACCUGUUGCUAAGCAACAUGGGAGCACGCGUGCCAUUGAUAACGUCGACAUCCAGGUCCCUGUUUGACAUGAGACUCCACUUGAACACCGAGCCGUCACUACGGAAUGCAGUAGUCAUGGAAACGGUUCUGUGGCACUUUGGUUCCGAGGAGGACAAACUGCGGUCAGAGAUCCCGGCUAAACCAGGGACCGUGACGAUGGAGGGUCUCAUAGCGCAGUUCCAAUUCGACGACGCGAUGUGUGCAACAUACACUUACAUCUGUUUGGAGUCCGUCCCGAAUAUCCCGGAUGACGACCUUACAGACAAUUUUCAAUGUCGCAGCCUCGUUUCCGGAACCUUCAAGAAAGAGUGCGACCUUGGGCUGUACAUCUCAGACUUUUCUUACGCAUUUGACCCGCCGGUUCUCUAUGUGGACGAAGACAUCGAGCUACGAUUCAACAUCUCCAUCUCAAACCGCGGUCCGCAAAUCAUCACCCCUGGCAACGAGCAACAGUUUGGAUUCAGUCUCCUCUUCAGUGCUACAGACUCUGCCAUUGAUGGUCAGCUUGCCGAGAGCGCCACCUUUCAGUUUACUCCGGAAGCGCAGGCUCUCCUUGCCGGUGACAUCCCUGCCACCCCAGGUUCUAUUGACCUCCAGGAUGUGACAACUGUGUUCAGGCUGAAGUCAGAGGACUGUAGAAGGGUUCAGUACAUCUGUGUGAGGAUCGAAGCGACGAAUGGCUCGGCGGUGCCGAUAGAUGUGGGGAUAACGGACCCAGACAGGUGCAUGCACGUGGUGAACGGAGAAGUACACACCCGCUGUCCUAAAGGACUAGGCAUUCCGACCUUGACUGCUGAGUUCACCCCAGGUUCCGUCGCCCAGCGCAUUCUGGAGGAAACCAUGACAACGAUGUCACUCAACUUCACUGUAUCAAACUACGGCGGUCCGAUCCACGCAAGGACAUCCGGCCGCAACAUCGAGUUUAAACUAAUCCUGAAGAACGAUGACGACUCCUUGAACAAGUUGGAUGCGACGCUCACUUUCGGCGAUGAAGAAAGCAAACUCUCCGAUCUAAUUCCACCGUGGACAUUUGAAGCAGAAGGGAAGGUGGAAUUUGAAAACGUUGCCAUAGACUUUGUGAUUCCGAAUGAUGCGUGCGCACCAGCCAAUGCCCUGUGCUUGAAAUAUGUCGAUGUGAGCGACACAGGUUUCCUUGAUGAUAAUCCGUCCGAUGACAUUGCUUGCAUUGCCAUGGCAACAGAUGGCCUUGACAAAAAUUGCCAACAAGGCUUAUCAGUUCCAUCCUUCUCCUACUCGAUCGACUCCACCCUGACCAGCCUGCCUGUCCUGUAUGGAGGAGUGGACACAGCGGUCACCUUCAACACUACCGUACGCAAUGAUGGGGGACCGCCCAUCCCGGCCAGCAACCAGCCUAACUUCAACCUGCAACUGUACUUGGCCGAGCAACCGGUUUUGCCUGGAUCACCAUUUGCCGAUUCAACUCAGAUCAACAUCACCUAUGGCAACCAGCAGACCGUCCUAACCAAUCAGAUUGCUCCAGAUGGAGGUCAUGUGACCUUCACGUCACUCCAGGCUGUCGUCAAGAUCCCUGUCCCAGCAUGCAGUGCACUGGACUACCUGUGUGUGGCGUACAUUUCUGCAGCAACACGUCACAUCCGAGACGACGACGCAAACAACGAUUUUAAUUGUCAGAUGCUGGAUAAGGACUGCUCUUUUGACCUACAGGUAAAAUCUGUAUCAGCAAGGCUCUCCCCAAACUUCCGGUUCGACCGUCUUGUCCCAAACCUUGACGUCCCCUUCGUCUUCAACGUGACCUUGAAGAACAACUGGUCCACCAUUCCUGCAGCACCCCAAGGUCAAACCAACAUCCAGUUCCAGCUGUGGUCAGCGAGCGACCUUGAGUCUGGCCCGAGUCAAAUCGUCACCACGUCUUUCACAAUGGCCGACAUCUACGCGAGGAAGCUUUCUUCUGAGAUCUAUGGCGCGGGAACGGAGAUAGAGUUCUAUAACAUCGGCACGGUGGCGCUUUUGUCGACGGAAACGUGCGAGACAUCGGGAUUUUUGUGCAUCAUGUACACCAGGUCACGUGACAAGGAGUUUGUAGACGAGAGGGCGGAGAAUGAUGACGGGUGUGUUUCCAUGACGAUGGGGAACAUACAAGCACUGUGUGAUCCAUUCUGCCAGGUGCCACCUGCACCCCUGCAGGGGUCAGUGACCCUGAGUGACCCCACCAUGUACUACCAGUCCACCGCGACCUACAGCUGUGACUCGGGACACCUACUGGUGGGGAACAGAACUGCAACCUGCCUUGGUGCUGGGGUCUGGAGCACAGAACUACCUGAGUGCCAACUUGUUGACUGUGGUCCGCCCAACAUCGCGAUCACCAACGGAGAGUUGGUGCUGAACAGCACCCUCUACCAGGCUGUGACAGGGUUCCGCUGUAACCAAGGUUACCGACUGAGCACAGAUGCUGUGCUGACAUGUGGUCCUGCAAAACAGUGGGUAGGGGAACUGCCCUCUUGUAUAGAUGACGAUGCCUGUAUGAGCUCUCCCUGUUUCCCAGGUGUCACCUGUGAGGACAUGCCAGCACCUGCGACUGGUUUCACCUGUGGCACCUGUCCACCUGGAUACAGCGGGGAUGGGAUCAACUGUACUGAGUCCAGUGCAAAAUACUGUCUGUACUGUAAGAUUGUACUAACAUGCUUGUUUCCCCUGUUUAACAUUACAGAUAAGAAUGAGUGUGAUAGCCCAGUACAGAACUCCUGUGAGCAGAUCUGUAUGAACACAGAACCAGGGUUCUACUGCGCCUGCCCGGAUGGGUACAGACUCAACGAUGACCAGGAGACAUGCAUGGCCUAUGCAGACUGUGAUGUCGGCCACCGCUGCUCCCACUCCUGUGCAAUGGUUGCUGGGAAGGAAGUGUGUUCGUGUCCCGCUGGGUUCACCCUGGUCCAGAACACGACAUGUGUCGACAUAGACGACUGUGCCACGCCUACCCGUUGCCGUGCCAACACGACCUGUCUGAACCUGAACGGCACUUUUGCCUGCAGGUGCGACGAGUUCAACGUGCUGGACUCUGACGGACUUGGCUGCUCAGACCUUAAUGAGUGCCUGAGCCCGAUCCUAAACAUCUGUGACCAGGUGUGUGUGAACACGGAGCCAGAUUUCAGGUGUGCCUGUCAGGAGGGCUUCAUCCUUGCACAGGAUGGGUUCACCUGUCUCGCUAACAGCAGCUGCCCUGAAGACCACCCCUGCUCCCAUGCCUGUACCCUGGUGAAUGGUUCAGCUGUUUGUGCCUGUCCUAGUGGGAUGAGGAUGGGGUUAGGAGGACGCAGAUGUGAAGAUAUUAAUGAGUGUGAGGAGUACCCUGAGAUUUGCAGUGGAGACAGUGUCUGUGAGAAUGCCGUGGGAGGGUUCCGCUGCACCUGUCCAUCAGGGGAACCCAGUCUGGAUGGGCUGUCAUGUGGAGGCACAUCCAAGUGGUCUUCCUGGAGUGACUUCUCUGUCUGCACUGCUUCCUGUGGCGGAGGGAUACAGACUCAGACCAGGGUGUGCAUCCAGGGGAGGUGUGAACAGGCUACACAGAGCUUCACACGGGAAUGCAACACUUACGACUGCCCAGGUGAUGAUGAGCUGGCUUCCCUCAGGGUGUUCAUCAUUGACCUGCCCAUCAACAAGUGGGAAGGCUUGAAGGACAAGUUUAACUUUGCCAUAGCGGACGCUGUGAAUGACUUCUGCAACACAGAGGAAGGAUUUCCUGAAUGCUGCCCUUACUCUGGAGAAUGGCGAGAGCUGCACAGCUACACCUCACAAGGAAACGUCGGGAUGCUGGAAGGUUAUCCCAAGGUGGAGCCGGAAUCUGAAGAUGUAGAAGUAAGAAUCUUCAUCCAGAACGACUUUGGUCCUAACCACCUGUGUAAGACUGGGAGUGCCAACAGAGAUACUCGGAGUGUCUCUGGGGACCAAAGUGCAGAAGCACAGGAACAGCAGACAUUGAGGAAGAAGAGAGCAACAGGGGAUGACCCAGCAGAAGCUCCCCGGUACAUGCCACAGUUCAGCCUGGCUGUGGCUGUGUGGGACGGACAGGAGGACAUCAAUGUGGUAGGUUAUACCUUCAGUCAUGGUGACAGAGUAAGAAUCUUCAUCCAGAACGACUUUGGUCCUAACCACCUGUGUAAGACUGGGAGUGCCAACAGAGAUACUCGGAGUGUCUCUGGGGACCAAAGUGCAGAAGCACAGGAACAGGAGGACAUCAAUGUGGUAGGUUAUACCUUCAGUCAUGGUUACGAGUAA